CCCCAGGAGGAGACGGAGAUCGCCGUGGUUACCAAGGGUCGCCGCGGCAGCCGGCGAGACUCAGCAGAGAAAGAGCCAGAAGAGGAAGGCGGAUACGACCACGCCCACCGCCAACGACCAGCUCAGCGAGUCAUCUCCAAUGGCGACGGAGCCCCGCCCCCGGCGAGAGAGCAGCCGUGCGUCCAAGCAGCCCAGACAGGACUCCGCCCAGCCGGACUCCCAGCACGGAGUGGGGGACUCUGCGCCCCCGCUGACCCCCAGCAGGGAGCAGGGCUUGCGGGGCUGCGCGGGGCUGGUGAGGGAGAUGCUGUCUCAGAAGCACACAGCCUACGCCUGGCCCUUCUACAAGCCCGUGGACGCGAAGGCCCUGGGUCUCCAUGACUACCACGACAUCAUCAAACACCCCAUGGACCUCAGCACCAUCAAGGUUAAGAUAGACAGCAGGGCGUACAGGGAUGCUCAUGAGUUUGCGUCAGACGUCAGGAUGAUGUUCUCCAACUGCUACAAGUACAACCCUCCUGACCACGAUGUGGUCGCCAUGGCACGCAAGCUGCAGGAUGUGUUCGAGAUGCGAUUCGCCAAGAUGCCAGACGAUCCGGAGGAGCCCGCCUCUAUGCCCGCCUCCUCGCCCAGCCUCCACCAACCAGCACCCUCCACCAGACAGGCACCUCCCACCAGACAGGCACCUCCCACCAGACAGGCCCCUCCCACCGUAGGGCCCUCCUCCUCUUGCUCCUCCCCCUCGGAAUCGGAAUCGUCGGCCGGCGACUCAGAACACGAGCGGACUCAGCGAUUGGCCGAGCUGCAGGAACAGCUGAAGGCGGUGCAUGAGCAGCUGGCUGCCCUGUCGCAGCCUCCGGCCCUCAAGAGGAGAGACCGAGACAAGAAGGAGAAGAAGAAAGACAAGAAGAAGAAGCCAGGAGGGGAGGAGCCUCUGGAGGUGGCCCCGCCCCCUGCCCUGCUCCAGCCAACCAGGAAGAGCAGAAUCACCAAGGACCCGGUCACGCCCAAGAAGGUCAAGAAACCGAGUAAGAAGGAAGGAGUGGUGAAGAACAGUCGCCCUGGCAACACCCUUCAGUCUGGCCCCACCCCCCUCGACCCCUCCGGGUCCGAGGACCACACAGGCGUGUUUGUGGGCGGGGCCGACCGGUCUAAGCCAAUGUCGUACGAGGAGAAGCGUCAGCUGAGCCUGGACAUCAAUAAGCUGCCCGGCGACAAGCUGGGCCGCGUCGUCCACAUCAUCCAAUCACGCGAGCCUUCGCUGAAAAACUCGAACCCGGACGAGAUCGAGAUCGACUUUGAGACGCUCAAGCCGUCCACGCUGAGAGAGCUGGAGAGAUACGUGUUCACCAGCCUCCGCAGGAAGAAGAGACCUGCAGAGAAGGCUCUGGAGGUGACCAGUGUGAUGAAGAUGAAGACUGGAUCUUCAUCAGGCAGCAGUGAAUCUUCAUCUGACAGCGAGGAUGAGCCCGACACAGGGUUGGUUCCCAAACAGAAGAAGCAGGCUCCUCCCCCUCGGAGGCCCCCCCCCCAGCACCCCCCCAGCGCCCCUGCCCCCCCCCAACCCCCCUCCCAGCCCCUGGCUCCCCCUGCCCCAGGCCCCCACCCCCCCUCCCUGGACAACACUUUUGAUCCCCUGGGUCACUUCCUGCCCCCCCCACUGCCCCAGGCCGGGCCCAUCUCUGAACCCUCCCAUAAUAAUGCAGGGGCAGUCGCCGUCGGCAACAACCCCCACCUCAACUCUGGAAGCGAGACACACCCCUUCCUGAACCCCUCGCCAGCUCUCCACAGCGCCCUCCCCCAGCAACCAUCUCGCCCUAGCAACAGAGCUGCAGCCCUCCCCCCUAAACCCCUGCAGCCUCCCCCCUCCUCCUCUGGCCCCCUCUUCCUCCCCCAGCCUCCCCCCAUCUCCUCCGCCCCCCUCCCACAACCACCCCCUCGCCCCCGCGUCCCCUCCCCCACGCCGCACGGCAUUCUGGGAACCCUCUCCGCCCAGCCCCCUCAGGCCCUAUUGGAGGACGACGAGGAGCCGACGCCCACAAACUCAGAGACUCCGCCCCCUCCCUCUCUGGCUGCGAGCCAGGUUCAGAUGUGCCCGCAGACACGCCCAUCCGCGACACACACACAGCCCCACAUACACAUACCCACACACACACACCCGCCUGUCACUCACUCCCAGCUGAUGCAGGCGGCGGCAGUAAACACGGCAAUGUCCGGUGUGACACUUGUGAAGUCGACACAGGAAGAGCAGCUGGAGUUUACACACUCGCUCACACACACACACUCGCUCACACACACACAACCGUCGCUCACACACACACACCCGUUGUUGCUGGGACAGAAGGGGGCAGCUUUGCAGCAGAAACUACAGCAGAUACAACAACAACAGCUAAAGCAGCAGCAGCCGUCGCCUGGCAACAAGAUGGAGUCGUUUACUUCAGGUCCCCUGAGGGGAAGCCCCUCCCCCCUGAUGACGCAUUCCCCCCAGAUUCCUCCAUACAAUCCAAUAGGACAGCACUCUCCCUCUCUGUCCAAGAAGCCUGACCAGAGGGCCCCCUUGAUGGGUGUGAAGGAAGAAAAGCCCCCCUCCCCCUUUAGCCCCUCCCCUUCUCCCUUUAGCUCCGCCCCUUGUCAAGACUUACACAAACCCUCCGACAGCAAACACACACACAGAUCAGAUGUGAAGCCAUUGGACGGUUCUCGUCCCGGGCUCCGCCUCCCUGACUCCCUGGCUCCGCCCCCCUCUCAGCAGGAGGUGAAGCAGGAACCGAGAACCCCCACCGGCCCCAAGAAAACACAGACCAUGGGUUCGUGGGCCAGCCUGGCCCAGCGCUCCCCCUCCACGCCCUCCUCCCUGCUUCGCUCCUCCUCCACGCCCUCCUCCCUGCUCCGCCCCCCCUCCACGCCUUCCUCCCUGCUCCGCCCCCCCUCCACGCCCUCCUCCCUGCUCCGCUCCUCCUCCGACAUCUUUGAGCAGUUCAGACGCGCGGCGCGGGAGAAGGAGGAGAGGGAGAGGCUGCUGAGAGCCCAGGCCCACCGCAGGGAGAAACUACGCCGUGACGACGAGGACACCACGGAGCCGGGCCGCAGGUCUCAGGAGGACUCCCGCCGUCGUCCGGAGCAACAGUCUCCCCUGGCUGCCACACCACCGGCCUCGACCCCGCCCACCAACUCCCCACAGGCUCCGCCCCCACAGCCCCCGGCCACGCCCCCAGCCUCCGCAGCUGCACAGAACGCCCUCGACCAGCAGAGGGAGCUGGCUAGGAGGCGAGAACAGGAGAGGAGGAGGAGGGAGGCGAUGGCAGACACCAUAGACAUCAACUUUCAGAGUGACCUCAUGGCCAUCUUCGAGGAGAACCUGUUCUGAGGGAGAGCGAGAGGAGAACCUGUUCUGAGGGAGAGCGAGAGGAGAACCUGUUCUGAGGGAGAGCGGGAGGAGAACCUGUUCUGAGGGAGAACGAGAGGAGAACCUGUUCUGAGGGAGAACGAGAGGAGAACCUGUUCCGAGCGAGAGGAGAACCUGUUCUGAGGGAGAACGAGAGGAGAACCUGUUCUGAGGGAGAGCGAGAGGAGAACCUGUUCCGAGGAAGAGCGAGAGGAGAACCUGUUCUGAGGGAGAGCGGGAGGAGAACCUGUUCUGAGGGAGAACGAGAGGAGAACCUGUUCUGAGGGAGAACGAGAGGAGAACCUGUUCUGAGGGAGAACGAGAGGAGAACCUCCAACAAGAUAUCGCUCAUGCAUACACACACACUCUCUCACUCACACUCUCCCUCCCUCCCACCUCCUCCCCCCUGUAGCCGUGGACACGUGGAUUUGUGGUUGCCGAGGGCAACAGAGUGAAAUCAGACACUUGAUCAAGCCCCAGACUCUCUUCUCCUCACUGACAAGGUGGGAGGAGCCAAUGAAAGGGGGAGGGGUCUUUUUAAAUUGAAAAAUACCAAGUGGGGGGGGGUUAAUUUAAGAAAAUUACUGAAAAAGAAGAAGCAGGGAAAAAAAUCAUGAAUUAAUGAAGCUUGUUAAUACUUGUUCUCUUUUUGGACUAGCAUGAGG